AUGGCCGCCUCUGCGUCCGGCACCGGGGUUGUUGACGACAGUGUGCAUUUCAAUCCCAAUCCCAAUGCCCCCUCGACCUCGACCUCCCUCACCAGGAUCCUGCUCCAUUCCGCCCCCGAAUCCUUCCAAUCGGCCACGGAACACCCGUUCCUCCGCCUCGCAGGCCGGGGCACUCUGCCUCGAGCGACGUUGUCACGCUGGCUGUCCCAGGACAGACUGUACGCGCAGUCGUACAUCGGCUUCAUCGGUGCCCUGAUCGCCCGUGUCGAGCUGCCGGACGCGUACGUGUCCAGCCAGGACAAGAACUUGACCAAGGAGAACGACAACGACAAAGACAAAGACGAAGACGAGGCCAUCCGGCCCUGGCGAGUGGUGACGCUGCUGAGUGCGGCUCUCGACAACAUCCUUCGGGAACUGGCCUUUUUUGAAUCGACGGCGGAAAAGUAUGGGCUCAGCCUCGACGCGCCCAGUCGGUCCGAUGGCGAUGGCGAUGGCGAGGCUGUCUUCGCCGCCGAACCCGCCACUCAGCAGUACAUCGACCUCUUCCGCUCCUUCGCCGCCGAUCCGUCCAGGUCGCUGCUCGAGGGCCUCGUCGUGCUCUGGGCCACCGAGACCGUCUACCUCCGCGCCUGGACGUAUGCGGCCAGUUUCACCGACACCGACACCAACACCAACACCAACACCAACACCAACACCGAUAUCAACACUGACCAUAUCCAUGAGCCGAAAGAAGGCUCAGGACCGCCGGGCACGGGCACGGGUAAGCUGGACCCUUUCGCCGCCGACCAGGACUCGGGCGCCCUUCGCUCCGCCUUCAUCCCGAACUGGACCUCGAUCGAGUUCGCCGACUUCGUCCGGGACAUCGGACAUAUCACCGACUUGCUGGCCGAGCGCGAGGACGCCGUCAAUCGCAACCUCGACGUCUACCUGGCCGUGUGGGCACACAUUCUCGACGUGGAGAGGCGCUUCUGGCCACAGGUCGAACACGACAGUUAG